AUGAUGAACCAACACGUGUCCGUUCAACACAUUCUUCCAAUGACUCUGUACAAAGCAGCUUCGGCUCCAGCUGCGGCUGAUUGUCCAGAGACAGAGACGAGGCUGGACCCGGAGCAGACAGAGACGAUGGACUACGCUUCCAAAUACAUCAGCCUUAUUGCGCCUUCGGCCAUUUCAAAAAGUUUGGUGGUCGCUCCCCGGGCCAAACCGUUCCGUGUUUCUAAUGCGGACCGCAGCCUGAAGAAAGGAUUCACGGCCCACGCCCUGGACGAGCUGCUGUACAAGGUGAAGGACUCUCUGAACGUGUCUCCGGAGAGUUCUCUGGUGUUGGAGGAAGACGGGACAGAAAUAGACUCUGAAGAUUUCUUCCAGACUUUACCCGUGAACUCUGUCCUCAUGGUCGUGGACAAAGGAGAGAAGUGGACCCCGCUGUUGAUCAGAAGUUGUGAGUUCAGUGAAGAGCGGACGGAUGUAGCGAAGCUCACCAUCGACUUGUACAAGAACAAUCCCAAAGACUUCAUCGGCUGCGUCAACCUGAAGGCUACGCUGUACGGAGCCUACUCUGUGUCCUACGACCUGCGCUGCUACAACGCCAAGAAGAUCAUCAAGACCCGGGCGUCGUCAGAGGCCGCGCUCCGCCAUCAGUACUUCCAGAGUUUGGGGGAGAGUAUCCACUUCCUGGCAGACACGGCGUCUGUGUUUUCCCUCAGAGAGAUCCAGCUUCAGAAGGACCCGGGACACCGCACUUCUCUGUUCCAGCCUCUAGGCCGCGGGAAAAACCGGCGGCAGAGCAUCUUCUAG